UAUGGCGCCAUCCGCGUUCAAUGAAAGAAGGAGGAACGAGGAAUGCCGGUAUGCAUUCCGUGAACGUCGUAAAGCGGUAGAACUACAGUGCAGUGCAACCAGCACAACGUUGAUCUAGCGACAUUCGGUAUUCACCAGGCUCCAAGUUAGCCAGAACACUCCAAGAGGUAACAGAAAGCGAGCAAAUCAUGACUGGGGCGUGCAUUCCUCCUUCGCCGAACUGGUACUGCCCUGGCGUCGCAGACGCUUCUGAUAGCGGGCUGUACUGCUUCGCCUCCAAGAACUCCGUGGUGGUGUUCGACGCUCGCGCUGGCGUGCCCGAACUGAAAACAUCGUGGCCGGUGAGCACGGAGCGGGUGUCGUGCGUCGCCUUCUGCCGCAGCCAGCGGAGCGGCGCCGACGACGAAACACCGGCGCUGCUCACCGUAUCCGACGACAAGAGCCUGAAGGUGUGGGACGUCAACACACGCAGGGCUCAUCACCACACGUCGUCCACCGCCGCGGUGAGCUACGCGGACUGGAGGGGCAGUCUAUCGACAUCCGUGGUUUUCGCCGGCGGGGACAAGGGCUCGCUGUUCGUCUGGGACUUGGUGAGCGGGACUGUGAUAGCGACACCGGUCCACGCGGCGCACCCCAUUCAGCUCGUUCGAUCUCACCCAACGGAUCCCGACAUGGUCGCCGUCGGCUACAAGAACGGUCUGGUCGUGGUGCAGGGCUUAAAGAAGGGCAGCAACGCCGUCUUCAAACUGAAGGGACACUCGGAAGAGAUCGUCUCCCUUUCCUGGAGGCUCGGCGAUUCCUCGGACCUCGACGAACAUCCGCACCUCUGUUCGACGGCCCUGGACAAAACAUUGAGGAUCUGGGACGUGCACGCUGAGAAGUCAACUCAGACGCUGAAGGUUCCAUUUUCCAGCAAGAGCCGCAAAGUGGACCUGAGCCAGAAGGGUCGCCUCUGGAUCGCCGCCGUUUGGGUUCCAGGGACACCAAAACAGGUAGCCUGCUCGACUGUUUGUGGGGACAUCUGUCUCAGGGACUUGGCUACUGCCGACGCGGACUGGGAGUUCCUGUCUACCGAUGACGACUCAGCAGGACACUCCCGUUGCGUAUUCAAUGUGUCCCUGUUGAAAACAUCAUCCAGGAUUUACGCAAUUUCUACCUCCAUAGACCGCAACAUUGUGUUCUGGGACCUGGCGUCCAAGAGGUCCGCUUACUGCUUGCCAUCGCUGGGAGGGUACGCAUACCACAUGGAAUUCUCGCCUGUCGCUUGCGCCUCUCUCGCCAUCGGAGCGGGCGACAAUACCCUGAAGGUUUGGAGGACGGACAGUGUGGUGAACCCCUACUGCUGCUCCAGCUUCUGGCAGGGUGUCCGUGGCAGGGUCAUGGUAGUGGCCUGGCACCCGAGAAAAGACAACUUGGUGGCCUUUGGCACAGACGAAGGGAAAGUGGGAAUUGUAGAUGUCUUAGGAAAGCAGACAGUGGUUUCAGUCUCCUACCACCGACAAGCAACCUAUGGCGUCUGUUGGGCAGAACUGCCCGUCGGUCCAGAUAAGGCUCUCAAGACCGUUUUACUAUCCUGUGGAGAUGGCAAAGUGAAGGUCCACCAUCUUCCAAAGAUGGACAGAGAAGCCUUAGAUCUUGACAGCAUUCUGCUCAAGUUAACCUCUGGCAGGACAAGGCGCAUCACUGUCAACUAUAGCGAGCGCUUAGGCUUUCUCACUAUUGCCAAUCAGGAUGGUGUGGUGGAUGUGUAUGAAGCAAAAACCCUGCGGAAACUGGCAGUUUUGGAAGCACAAAGGAAGCCAGUAGAGAGCCUCUCCUGGCAUCCCUGCCAGACCCUCUCCUCAGAGUGCAGGAGCAACUUCAGCCAUUGGCUUGCUUGUUCAUCCACCAAUGGAACCAUCUUUCUCUACGACUUAUCCAAGCUUGCAUCACCGUCUGCUGAUGUCCUGCGCAUGUUGCAACCCAGUUUGCAGCUAUCUGGACAUUCUGCCAAGGUGGUGUGCCUUGCCUGGAGUCCCUUCAGGGAUGGUAUGCUGGCCUCUGCCUCUUACGAUGAAACGGUGCAGGUUUGGGACGUGGCUCAAGGCAAGCCUGUGGCAAACUACCGGGGACAUUCCGGACGUGUGUUCAGCGUCUGCUGGAGCCCGCUCGACCCGGACGUGCUCUUCUCUGGAGGAGAGGAUGCCACUGUGAACUGCUGGAAGCUUUCGGAGCAAGGAAGCAGUCUUCCACCUUCCAAGCAGCGCAAGACCAAGAGUGACGGAGAUGUAACCAGUGUUGCGGAUGAGACACGAAGCGUUGAAUUGCAGUCGACAGAUUGUGGCUCGACUGAGACAGCCAAAGAAAGCAAGGGGGCAUCUGAGAAAGCAGGCUACGAUACAUCCAUUUUGAAACCAGCCGGAGCAAAGAGCUCAGGCACCAAAAAGAAGUCUAAAUCGACCAAAUCCUUUUUUCCUUUAUUUUCUGGGUAUGAAAACCGGCCCAAGCAGUCUGGGUCGGACGACUUUGUGCUUCUGGCUAACCUCCUGUCCCAGAGGGACGAAGGGUGCACUGCCCCCGAUGGACUGCACACUCACCUCGGCAUGUAUGUUGACGACACCGGAGCAAUGGCUGUAGUCGAUGCCGAGAUCCAGCACCACAAGCGGGAGUUAAACUUUGACUAUGCCUUCCAGAUGAUGCUCUGGAAAGGGGACGUCUCCAGUGCACUCCAGGAGGCAGCUGCCCAGCGUAAGCUCACGGACACACUGGUGGCACUUUCGUCCAUGGUGUCGCGUGCCACGUGGCUGGAUAUGUGUCAGCAGUUUGCAGUACAGCUGUCGAGCGAUGGAGAGCACCACAAGGCGGCACUUUACCUUUUGGCGUGCCACAAGGCCCUGGAGGCCGUGCAGCUUCUUCGAAAGAAUGGACUCGUCCAGGAGGCGCUGUGCAUUGCCAGGGCCCACCUGCCAGAGGGUGACAGCGAAGUCACGGAGACAUACGUGGCUUGGGCGGAGAAAGCGUGUGCCGUGGGAAACUAUGAGCAGGCGGCCAAGUGCCACCUUGCCAGGGGGGACAUCAAGGCCGCCGUGUCUAUGCUGCUGAACCGCCGAGACCCCCACUCGCUGAAGUCGGGCGCCUACAUCGCCAAAAAGUUUGGGCUGGCCGCUGACGCAGAAGUCGCCUUCUCUCUUGCGCUGCGUAGUGCUCUAAUCCACCGAGAUUGGGACGCUGCCCUUGUCUUGAUAGAAGAACAGGAAAAAAGCCGAGCAUUUGUGAGCUUUGUGCACCUACAUCGAGGCCUGUGUCACGCUAUUGACAGGAUUACUGGUGCCAAACCUGACACACUCGAGCAGUCGGCGCAAACAGACGUGGUUCUUUGGAAAAGCACAGAUGCUGUCUCUGCAAAGUUCCUGGAAGAUGUCAAAGAGGCAUUUGAAAGUAAUGGAUACAGCCCGCUUCAGAGCACAUGCGGUUUUUCUGAGCUGAGCGAGCUCCUCGGGUACGGUCAGCACAUCUCCAAGGAAGUUCUUUUGCACGAGUCACAGGACCAGAUCUUGUUUCAGGUUGCUGGCUGCCUGACGGUUGCUCUCUUCAGUCGAAAUGAAUGGAAGUUGUACGUUGCCCGAGCGCUCGAGGCAGCAUCUGUAAGCAGCCGUUCCCUCUUUGCUGCACUCUGCAAACUCAUGUUUUGCGGUGAAAUAAGAAACUCUAGGUUUACAAAUGAAAUCAUCAUGGACAUAGGUCUCGAUCGUUUCCUUCUCUUUGAUAAACUGAUCCCCGAAGGUGAGGCCGGUAGGACAAACAGCUUCGAGUGCCCCAAAUCGUCCAAGGGUCUCUUGGAACGUUUCGAGGUCCUGAAGGGAGUUGGCUCUAGAUACGAUAUAAGCAGGGAAGCUCUUGGCCUGUACUUGUGUAUGGGCAUAUUAGACAGCUGCGACGCAUCGUCUUUCACCGACUCCAAGACUGCUGUGGCAGAACAGCUGUCUUCACUUGCGCUCUGUCCAGUUCUGGCUUGCAGAGAAAGCACCUUGCGUCAACUUCAAGAGAUCGAAACGAGGCAACUCAAGCAACGGCUCGAAGCACUAACACCAAAGAAUUGCAGCACCGAAGAAGCAGAAAAAGGGCAGUUGUCGUUGAGCGACCUGGAAAGCCGUUCUCGGGCCUGGAGGCAGCGAUGGCUCGAGCUCAAGCAAGCCACCGAAGAUUGCUUGUUCCCAGACCAGGAAAAACUGUUGGCCCGGUUGCUGGAGCUGCUGGGUGGCAAUCAGGAUGAGGAAGGCUCCCAACUCAGAGCCAAACUGGAGUCCUGGAGGCUACUUCUCCUGAAUGCCUGAAGUGGAUGUUCAAUUCAUGUUUUGUUUGUAUGUUUUGCCAGAGGUUGUCCGUAAAUUAAAGAAAAUGUUUCGUUUUGG